GGCACGCCGCACCUCCCAAGAAUUUGACCCCAAGCGCCGGAGCAACCACCGCUGAAAUGGAGCCAAGGGAUCGCUGUUUCGGGAGAGAUCAUGAGCUCUGUCCUACUGUAGGCAUGGGUGACCUGAUCUGUCUUAUGAUUGACACCAAUCUGUUGGCGACAUGCGAUCCGGGGGGCAUAUUGCAUGCCAAGUGAAGAAAGAUAUAUAUAAGUUUGAAUGCCAAGGACGAAUGGUGCAAACGGUCACGGCGGAACUGGCGGCCAAAUAUUUCUUCAAAUACAGAAGAUCGCCGAAUCUUGCGAGGGAAGCACACACUCGAGAAUCUGAGAUGGUCAGACAGAGAUCAUCCGGCCGUUUACGAUCUAAACUAGGCCACGCAACAAAACGCCCGUCCGUUGCGUUCCUCGCUACGUAUUGGAGCACAUCUUUUGACGUGUCUCAGUUAUCUGAUCAGUAGACGCGAAGAGGAAGAAAAACGAGAGCAAAAACAAGGCGCGAGUGCACACCCUCUUCGGCUUCCCCCAAACAGACGUCAUCGCGAAGUGCCUUCAUCCCCCUCCGUCUGGGGCACCCCGGCUAGCACGGAUACCAGUAGUACUUUCAGGAGUCUAGACUCCCGACUCUAUGGAUCCUCAACCUCGAUGAGAAAAAGGAGAUUUCGAGAAUUCCCCUCUUCUUCAACAUAGUUAUCAACUACGGCCAAGAACUGUCAAGAUAAUCGUCCAGAAGACUCUAGCGUCGUGUUCCUGAGAAAUCUUACCUAGGUAGCUUGCAGCAGCCGGGAAUGCCUUCACCUUCGGCGGAUCCACCACACCGCACCCGCUCAUCUGCCCCGCGCGGCUUGCCGCUCGACCCAACCUCGACGCCGCCAUGAACGACGCCGACCUGGGCGAUAACAUUGACGAGCGCAUCGGCCAGCUCGAGCAGUCCAAGAAUCCCCGGAGCAGCGAGAAGCGCUUCGCCAACGAUGUCGCACACCUCGACCCGAGCCGGUGGUGGUUCGCCUCCUCCGCGUUUCCCAUGAUCGCCGGCACUCUCGGCCCCGUUGCCUCGGCGUUCAGUAUCUGCGCCCUCGUCCGGCCUUGGCGACAGCACUACCCGCCCGGCACCGACAUCACCACCGCCGCUUUUGAGCCGGAUCCGAAAUGGCUCAUCAUUGUUAACGCCAUCCAGCUGGCGAUAGCAAUCAUCUCAAACGUCUUUCUCCUCCUCAACAUGGCCCGCCGCGUCCGCUUCUCUCUCGCCCAACCCAUCACCAUCGUAGGCUGGUACAUGUCCGCCAUCUGCCUCGUCGCCCUCAACGCCACCGCCGCUGGCCCCUUGGUGAUCGAGCCCGCCGAGGAGUACAUCUUCUCCCAAGCCUUCUACUACGGCAUGUUCGCCGCCAUUCUCUACUUCGUCACGGCCUCCCUCAUGGUCGUCACCGUCUACGGCGCCGCCACCAGCCACUACGCAAAGGACUUCCAGCUCACCACUGCCCAGCGCACCCUCAUGCUCCAGACCAUCCUCUUCCUCUGCUACCUGCUCGUCGGCGCCCUCGUCUUCUCUACUAUUGAGAGUUGGUCCUACCUCGACGCCGUCUACUGGGCCCAGGUCACCCUCUUCACCGUCGGUUUCGGCGACUUCGCUGCCGCAUCGCCCCUCGGCCGCGCCCUCCUCAUUCCCUACGCCCUCGUCGGCGUCAUCUCUCUCGGUCUCGUCAUCGGCUCAAUUCGAAGCCUCGUCCUCGAGCGCGGCCGCCGCAGGCUCGACGCCCGCAUGGUGGAAAAGAAGCGCCGCCAACUCAUCCGCACAAUGACACGCAAGGGCAAAGACGAGAUCCUGAAGCCCAUCCACCCGGACACCAACGACACCUCCGCGUCCGCUACCUCUUCUCCCUCUCUACCCGGCACGGAGCUCGAGCGCCGCGAGGAAGAGUUCAACCUCAUGCGCAAGAUCCAGCACCAAGCCUCGACCCGCCGCCGCUGGAUGGCCAUGUCCGUCUCCUUCUCCUCCUGGCUCGUCCUCUGGCUCGUCGGCGCAAAGGUCUUUCAGGAGUGCGAGCGCCCUUACCAGAAUUGGUCCUAUUUCGAGGGCUUCUACUUUGCCUUUGUCACUCUCACGACGAUAGGCUACGGCGACCGCACCCCCGUCUCCAACUCGGGCAAAGCCUUCUUCGUCUUCUGGUCCCUCCUCGCCCUACCCACCAUGACGGUCAUGAUCUCCAACGCCGGCGACACCGUCGUGAAGGCCGUCCGAGACGCCACACUCGAACUCGGCAACAUCACCAUCCUUCCCGGCGAGCGCGGAUUUCACAAGGAUCUAAUGUCCGUCCUCCACCGCCUCACCUGCGGCUUCCUCUUCCACCCCGCCGACGAGGACUCGGAUGAAGACUCGGAUGGCGAAGACGACGCGCUCCCGCCAGGCUUCCUCUCCAACGCCCACCGCAUACGUCGGGAAGAAAACGACGACGACGAUAACGACGAAGAAAGCGACGAGACAGAAGCCUACUCCACCGUCCUAGACCGCGAAACCUCCCGCGCCCCUCCACCAUUCUCACCAGAACCAAAAGACGCCCAAGCCCGCCCAUCACCCCGUGACCGCCAGAUUACCACCAACAACACGAACAACAACACCAACACGACCCGCCGCCGCCGCCCCUUCUCCCGCGUCCGAGAUCCCACCUCCGCCCUCCCAGCCUCCCGCGCAGACUACCACUUCCUCCUCAUCUCCGAGAUCGCCGCCGUCCGGCAACACGCCAAAGAGAAGCCCGCGCGGCGGUACACCUUUGCCGAGUGGGCGUGGUACCUCAAACUCAUAGGCGAAGACGAAUCCAGCUCCGCCACGCACCGCAAGGCGCGCCCGCACAUCCACUCGAAAAAGAAGGCGAAAAAGGCAGCCAAGAAACAACGGCGGAACGGGGUUGUCGAUGAGGAAAACGCAGAGCACACGGAGGCGGAGUGCCCCGACGAGGAUAAGUGGUCCUGGGUCGGGUCGCAGUCGCCGCUGAUGGGCAGCCAGGAGGAGUGCGAGUGGAUCCUGGAGAAGCUUACCGAGAAGCUGCGGGACGAGCUUGAUGUCGUGCGCGGCGAGGAGCUUGAGAAGAAGAGUACGGUGGACCGGGAGCGGGAUCUGGCUGAUGAGAGGAAGGGGAGGGAUGAGGUUGAUGGGUUGUUGAGAUCGUGAUACCCCCCCUUUCUGAAUUGUCAUUUGUAUUGCGAUGCCACCGCGUAUGUAAGCUUUGGAAACACUUUAGCCGGUUCAGAUAUUUCAUCACACUUAGUACCCAUACAUGAGAGGAUAGCUACUUUUUCAUGAUCUAUACAACAUACAUACACAAAAGAGAUAGCAUAAUAACAAAGCCUUGAA